GAGAAGGAGAAGGAUUUUUAUUUUUCUCUAUGGAGAAUAGAUGCAGAGGCUGCGGUAUUGGAUUAUUGUCGGAUAUGGAUUUGAACAUCAUCAUGAACCUGGUGCUUUACAAACUCAAUUUUCAGCUGCCUUCUGAUAUUGCUUUCGAACGAUUCACGCCUUGGUUUCGCUUAUUCCUUUCCCGUAACCCUAAUUCUUAUUCGUUUCCUAUUUAGAGUUGAGGUCACUCCAAGAACUGUUUCGCUCCUUGUCAAGUCUUACAAACAGAAGAGGAGUGAAGGAACUUGUAUUCAAUUUCAGCAAUUAAUACUUGAUCAAAAUGAAUCUUCCCAUCAGCCCCUUUUAAAAAGAUGUCUUCUACAAGAGGUAAAGACAAAUUAUCAGGUUGGACUGCGUUUGAUCUUAAGCAGAGGCAGAAACAAGGACUGGUACCGAAACUGAAAAAUGACCCUUUCCCUCCUAUAGCAAUUAGUUUGGCAGCUCUCCAUCCCUGCACAAGCCAGACAAAUCACAAUGAUCUCUCAGCAAAGUCUUUCUCAUCUGUGCUGAAGGCUUCUGGCAAUUUUCCAACUUUUAAACAGAAUAAAAAUUCCAUAAAGUCAACAAACAUGGGAAAGCCUAUUGGAAAUGAAGAGAAGAUGGUUGUGGUAAACAAUAAUGAUAUAGCCCUUAAAAAGCUUAAAGAGAUGCAUUGCUGGGCUGAAAAUAGUUUGAUUGAGGACAUAUUGUCCGCUACCAAUAAUGAUAUUCAUGAGGCUUCAGCUUAUUGAAAGAAAUGAUGCCCAGAAGCGGCCCUGAGGAUACAGAGGAAGCAAAAAAUAAUGUGAUGGGAUCCACCAUUGCUAAUUUUCCAGCCAAUGCCAACUGUAAUCAAGUCUUCCUUCAGGAAACACAGCUGAUCAUGUUGGCCAGAGCUCUAAAGCCGAUGAGGAGGAUGAAAAUCUUAAAAUGUUGACAGAUGUGGAAAGGAAUAAACUCUUUGAUCACUCUAAUAUGAAGUUGAUUCCGGGGCAGUUAGCUCUAUACCUAUUGAGCUUGAAUGGGAAGAAGAUGAUGUAUAUUUGAGCCAUCGAAAGGAUGCUAUAAGGAUGAUGAGGUCAGCAUCUCAACAUUCUAGGGCUGCCACUAAUGCAUUUUUUAGAGGUGACCACUUUGCUGCGCAACAGCUCAAAAUGCUCGAGAAGAAUGGUUAGCUGCACAGAGACUUAAUGCUAAGGCUGCUAGAGAAAUUUUAAGCAUCAGAAAUUGUGACAAUGACAUGUGGAAAUUGGACUUACAUGGACUUCAUGCAACAGAAGCUGUGCAAGCCUUGCAGGAACAUUUGAGGCGGAUUGAGACUCAGGUAUCAGGAGGCCGUUCAGUUUCCCCAAACGAAGUAAAGGCAAAAAAAGGGACUCUACAUUUUUCAUCUGUUGGCACAGUUAGUUCUACGGUUAAACUGGGUAAACCACAGGCUUCAUCUAGGCAGACACCUGCAUCAUUGCAAGUUAUAACAGGUGUAGGGAAUCAUAGUCGUGGACAAGCCGCUCUCCCCACAGCCGUGAGAGGCUUCCUCAUUGAAAAUGGAUAUCGCUUGAUGAAGUGAGGCUAGGACUUAUUACUGUUCGACCCAAAUUCCGGCGUUGUUGAAGGUUUGAUUUACCGUUUGUACAGUGCUGAGAGAUGUACUAUAAGAACGCAUUCCAUUUUUUACAUAUGAAAGGGAUUUU